CAUCCAAGUAACAACAAAGUUAAAACCUGGCUCGAUGUCGAUGGUUUAGAAAAAAUAUAGGCAACUGGAAACAAAAAAAAAUCCAAGAGAUGGAUGAAGAACUCAAGAACUUAACCACAGUAUGUGUUUCAGCAACAAGCGCACUAUCUUACUGUUACUUCUUAUCAACUAAAAUAAAAGCUGGCGUCUUCCGAUUAAUCUUUGUGCUUCCCGUUUGUGUUAUAUUCUUGGUUCUUCCUCUAUUUUUCUCCUCUUCGACAUUCUGUUUAUACACAGCUUUUUUUCUCUCUCUUGCAAAUUUAAAGCUAAUACUAUUCUCCUUCGAUCAAGGCCCUCUUUUCCCACUACCCCCAAAUCUUUCUCAAUUCAUUGCCUUCACUUGCUUCCCCAUCAAACUUCAACAAACCCCUAAAGUCCUAACUCAUUUUCCAAAAUGGUUUUUCACCAUCAAAGUUGCAAUAUUCAUUGUUGUGUUACAUUUGUAUGAUUACAAACAAUAUCUCCCUUCGAUUCUACUAUUAGGCCUCUAUCCUCUCCAUACAUACUUAGAGCACGAGAUAGUCUUAACCCUCCUCAAGUAUCUUGUCAUGGUCACUCUUGGUCGGGACCUCCAACCACAAUUCAACGAACCCUACUUAGCCACCUCUCUUCAAGACUUUUGGGCUCGCCGGUGGAAUCUAAUGGUCUCGGAUAUGCUCCGGUCAGGCAUUUAUUACCCGGUGAGGAAAAUCUGCCAACACUUUGUAAAUUCCGAGUGGGCUUCCAUCAUAGGAGUUUUGGCGACCUUCAUAGCCUCCGGUGUGGCGCACGAAGUGCUCUACGUCUACUUAACCCGCGAGAUGCCUACAGGAGAGGUCACUUGGUUCUUUGUGUUACAUGGAGUUUGCACGGUGAUUGAAGUGUUGGUAAAGAAGAAGACUUUUGUGGGGCGGCUGCGAGUGAGACCAGUUGUGUCGCGGUUGCUUACGGUGGGGUUUGUGUGUCUGACCGCUGGUUGGCUGUUUUACCCUCAGCUUUUGCGGAGCAAUGUAAUGGAUAGACAUGCUUAUGAAGCCUCGUUGUUCCUUGGUUUCUUCAAGCGCAAGUUCUACUUUUCUUGGUGAUAUUAUUUAGGGUUAUCAAAAACUUGGAAUUACCGUUUAUCAAAAAUUUACUAGUA